UGCUACUAUUGAGUUUUUGCAAAUAUUUCUCCCAACUCUCCCGCCCAAAAUUAACCAAAAUAGAAAACAAACCUUCCAAUUCUCCGCAAAAAUCAAACAAAUGCUACGAUGUCUAGGGCCACCGCCACCACCGCGCCGUCAAAACCCAGCUCCGCCACCGCCAACAACCACCCUCCACAGCCGCAAUCGUCGCCGAUGACGGAUGUAGAAUUAGUUCAGCUAGCUCAACUGCACCAUCGCCCUAUCUCCUCCCAACCUACACCCGUCCACCUCCCGCCAUUUCUUCUCUCCGAGUCCUCCCACCCCACCCUCCUCUCCUACCUCGAUUCACGUGCCGCCUCUGUUAAUUCGUCUUCUGCCGUGGCCGAAUAUAUUUCAGCCCUCUUUUCUCUGACCUCCCACCACCCCUCCGUACUUUCGGCCCUACUUCCCUCCCUCCUCCUAUCUUACCUUCCCCUCUUCACUUCCCGCAAAAUCCCUCACGAUCACCACUCGCUCUCCACUCUCCAGCUCUUCGCCGUACACCUUGAUGCAAUUGAAAUUACGAAAAUUCCCGAAACUAUUAAUUUAAUCAUCAUGUAUCUUCAUGAUGUCAAGGAUUUUGAAGAUGCCCAUGUCCUAGUUCUCCUCCCAAAGUGUCUUGAAUUAGUCAGAAUCUCUAAUGAAAUCGAGAAGCCCAUUGAGUACAUAAAUUCGGUGAUUGAUGGUUUGCUUAACUGUGAGUGGAGCAAGGUUGUGUUGGUGAAAUUGGUGGAAAUAAUCCGUGAUGUUUCAUGUAUUGAUAAAGGGAUAAAAAGGGAUUUUCUGGAAAAAGUUUUUAAUGGAAUGCAAAACAACAUCGAAAUGCAGGAUUUGCCGGGGCUGGUUUACCAAUUAUUGGUGUUGGCCUCAAAAGGUUUUAAUAAAAGGGACGUGAUUGAGGGGAUUGUUUCUUUUUUUGGUGGUAAAAUCAAGGGUGGUUCAAUCAUGAGGCAAGUGGAGGGGACUGUUUUGCUGCAUGUAAAUUUUGCGGUAAAGCAGGAUCCGUCGUUGGGACAGGAGGUUUUGGGGCUGGUGAGGUCGGAUUCUCGGGCUUUGAAUCAUUUUACUGUUGCCCUUUUGCUGUCGGUGGCUAGAAUUAGGAGGUUCAGCGAGAGUGCUAUUGGAGUUCUCAGAACUGCAUUGUUUAAUGCUUAUAAAGAUUACAACUUCGCAAAAGUCUGUAAAUGGCUAUCAGAUGAACUAAAGGAAGAAUAUCUGCAGAAUGCCAGAGUUAUAGAGAAGGCUGUGCUUAAAGCUGUUAAUGAGAGCCAUUAUGGAAGAGAGCACAUUGUACCGAGCAUUGUCCAAUUUGGAUUCGGAUUACUUGAAGGAGUAGAAGAAGGAAACCAAAAAAAAUUGUCCAAGUCUGAUGGUCUGAUGGGUUCUGAGGAGCUAGCUACUCAGGUGCUGAAAAGUUUAUUUGAAGUGCAUGACAUGGCAAGAAAUGAGAUAAUUGAGCAAUGCAAAUUUCGGAUUCUUUCUUUAAAGCCUGAACGAGGCCAUCCCGUCAUAAGACUGCUCGGAUAUCUCGCUCUGAUUCACCCACACCCAGUGUUAGAUCAUGUUUCACACUUGAAGGAAAUGCUGGAUUAUUUUACAUUCAUGCACGGCAAAAUUUCCUCUCAUCUUGUCACUGUUUUACUACCUCUCAUCAAGAUCAAUCGUAUUCUUCAGGACUAUACCAUCUUGGUGUUGCGUAAGGCUAUGUUUAGGCGAGAAAGUUCAGUGCGUCUUGCUGCUACUGGAGCUAUUAUUGAUCUGAUAUUAGCAUGUAAGCAAUCAAAAGGAGAUAGACUGUUUUCUUUUCAAGAAUCAAGCAGUCAGGCAAGUUGCAGCCAGCCAGCUGAAAUACACCAUGCAACUGGAGCAGGGCUUUUUGAAGAGCUCAGUGGUUUGCUACAAAGAUGUCUUUAUCAGCAGGCAAGCGUGAGGGAGGUCCUAUAUCAUGGCUUAGUGAAGCUUGUUCUGGUGGAUCACUUAUUUGUUGAGGCUGUUUUCGAUUUUCUCUUGCCUCACUUCCUACGAUUUUACAGAGAGGAUGCAGAUGUACCAUUGGCAAUUGACCUAUGUACUAAACUUGACUCGGGUGGAGUUUGUAUCGAAGAGCCACUGGACUGCCUUAUGUUUUGCAUCUCUUUGAUUCUUUUUCUUCAACCACAUUGUAGAUCUGAUACUCUUCCAGAUUCAGGGGCUUGUUUUGGCUUCUCUAUCACACAAGAGAAUGAGGCUGGAAAAGUGUUGUCUGGAGAGUCAUUCUCCAACGCAUUAGUGAAGAUCCGGAAGUUCCUAAGAAAUGAGAAUUUAGAAGGCCUUUUGUGUAAAAGUCAAAAUUCAGGCUCUACACCCAUAGAAGAUGAAAAACUGAGAUGCCGUGCUAUCCUUUUGUUGGGGAUUGUUGAGGUAAUGUUGAACAUCAUUGUUACUGAAUUGGAGAAAGCAACAGAGGUGAACAAAAUGGAACUGGAAAGCGAACUUUCAAUAUUAGUUGGCUUUUAUGAGUCCUUGGAAAAGCAUACAUCUAUUUCUCGACCAAGCAAUGGUAUCAGAAGAGGGACAGUACGACCUACUGCUAGUGAUGCUGCCGAUAGACUUGCUUCAGGCAGCACCAAGCCCUCUUCAGAAAGGACCCCUCUUCUGGCAAUUCCAAGCAUCUGUCAGCUAUUGAAAAUGGCAUUAGAGUCAUUGACACGUGAUUCCUCUAGAACUGGAGCAGCUUCCCAGAAUCAAAUGCAGUUGUCCACGGGCGAGGCAUCAGCUCCAAAUUCUGAACUUCUUUCUUCAGUUCUAAACAUUUGCUUUCGCCAGUUAAAACUUUUUUCUUUUCCGGAUAAAGACGAUCCUUGGAAGACAUUGAUUUAUGGCGAUAUUAAGCUGUUGGGGUCUCCACUGCUGAAAAUAAUUUGGUGUCUCAAGUCUGAUACAGAUAAAAAGAAAAAAGAAGCCGAGGGAAGGAAAGAUAUUGAAGAUAGAAGGGAACUUAUUCAUUUGGGAUUGCUUUGCUUGAAGAAAUUGAUUGAGAUAAGUUUGUAUAGCUUAAAAUAUGUGGGCUUAAUUGAUGAUUUGGUAUCGUCUCCUGGACUUGAGCAAGAAUCUAUUCAUUCUAUGGAAUUCCACUGCAUUGAUGGCUGUAAAUUAGCAGAAGGCAUUGAUGAUCAGAACACAAGAAUCAAAGAAUUAUUCAUUAAGAUGAAUAUUAAACCACUGCUUACUAAGUUUCUUGCUUUUUCUUUCUUCCACGAAGCUCAGAUUCUUUGUGAUAUAACGGCUAUGAUUGGCAACAAAUUGCCUGAAGAAAGGAGGAAUCUUGUUGCCAUGUGGGCGAUAAGCGUCUGCAAAAACAGUGAUGUGUCAAAUUCUAAGGUUGCUAAAAGCUUGGUCUCUCUUGCUGUUUCUUUAAGCUCGCCACCUGGUGACCUACUGGUUGCCCAAGAAAUGGCUGCAGAACUUUCAAAAGUGAAGGGAUCAGAUGACAGUGAUCCGUUAGAGAAAUCUGAAACCUUCAGCGUCAUAAACAAAUCAACGGAUGAUGCAAUAGCUUCUAUCGUACUGCAGUUAGCUGAAUCAACCAUCGUUGACAUGGAUUGGAUCGUAGCAAGACUGAAUACAUACCACACAGCUACUCGAAAAGGCAUUCCUCCUCGUCAAAUGGGUAUAUUUGCUUCUGGAUCAGUACUGGAAGACACACUUUAUUCAAGAGCUGAAGCCCUCGUGAAGGUCUUAUCUUUUUUCGUUGCCAUGACCCUCAAGGAUCCUCAAGCAGAAUAUUUACUGCGAAUUGCUGCGAAGUUUUACAAGAACCUAGCUAGGAUAUCAAAGCUGUGUAUUGCUUCUAAAGGCUGCAAGCAAGUUUUACCGAGCCUUAAUUACCAGAAACUCGUGGAAAUAACUUGCAGGCAGUUAACUGCCCCAAUUUAUAACUUUGUCUCACAGAUGCAACAGAGCCAACAGGAGAGCAAUAAAUCUAGAGGACUUGUUAAUAAAAUCAAAAGAGAAAACCGAUGCAUCCCGGACUUGAUCUUCCAGAUAGAAGACUAUGAGAAAUAUCUCAUCCAACUUAGCAAGAUCACCAAAAUUAAUCUGUUGAGGCAUGCCAAACGUAGCACAUCCCGGGAUUUCAAAAUUGUAGAGCCAAGUGAAGAUGCAUUGGAAGAUGAUAACCCUAACCAAGAACCGGAAAACUAUAAUAUCAAUGAUGCUGAAAGUGAAUCGUCCAAAGAAUCUGGAAACGAAGAAACAGAAGAAACCGAAUGCGUUCGGGCGCCCGAGUCUAAUCCUCUGGCUGCAGAGGAUUCUGAGAGUGAGGAUGAUGCUACUCUACCUAAAACAAAAAGAGCAAAAAUGGGCAGCAUUGUGCACGAAUCCUCUGAUGAAGAAGCAUAAAAAUCACCAUCAUUUGCUUGUUUGUUAGGAUUAUAAAAUAUUAUUGGAUAGUAUUAUGAAGGAAAACAAAUUAAAAUCUUGUUAAUUUUAUUGUUAAUAUUUUGUCAAAGAUGAAUAUUUGCCUUCUUGUGUUGUAAAAUUGGAUCUUCGUGCUACUU